AUAUUGGGGCUGGGACAGGGCUGGGGCCUAAUGACCUGUAUGAGAUGAGUGUGCUGGGUGAUGGUGGCUGCCUCUAGUCGUACAAGGGCAUAGGUGUGAUGGGAAUCUUACUUGAUUAAAUGAACAUAUUUUCUUUUAUUUUUUAUUUUAUUUUAUUUUUUUGGCCGGGGCUGGGUUUGAACCCGCCACCUCCGGCAUAUGGGACCGGCGCCCUACUCCUUGAGCCACAGGUGCCGCCCAAAUGAACAUAUUUUCUAAGGUCUUCCCUGUGCACUAGGGAUGUAAUGAAAAUAGUCACGGUCCCUUUCUGAGAAUGUCAGAAGAACAAGAGUCAAAAAAACAAGAUAGAAGAUACGGUGUAGCUGAGAAACCCCAGGGUUGUGUGAGCUCAGGUGAGACACUAAAUCUGGCUUGAGGCAUUACAGAAAGUUUGCUGAAGAGCUGACAUCUGAGUGCCGAAGGUAGAUGACUACCAGUUAGCAAGGCUAGAGUGAAUGUAGUGAUUAUGCAGGAGAGUGGAUAGAGUUUAGCCUCCUAGAUGUCGACUUGGCCAGAGCACGAAGGCCGUAUGUAGGACAGGAGCUUCCGGUGGCCUCAAGUUGAGCAAGUGAGAGACUUUGGAGAGGUCGGACCCAGAGAAGACAAGGAUAACUAGAACGCCUGCUACUGGAACAGCCCCGUUUGGUGCCUUGUGAGCGAGAUCCUGAAGGUUCAUUACGUGGAGAGUUCGAGUUCCUUAGGGAGUUGGCGCAGGGUCCUCACAGUGGCUGUCAGCAGUUGUAGACAACCGCUCCAUCUCAAGGGUUCCAAGCAACCAGCCAAGCUCCAGCAGCGCCCCAACGGGCUCGCCGUGCUACCGCUCCGGAAGUGACGCACUGCCCCGCUGGCCGUGCGGAAGUGGCGAUGGCGGAGCUGUACGUGAAGCCGGUCUCGUUUCACACAUCCACCUCGGCAGGCAACAAGGAGCGCGGCUGGAACGAUCCGCCACAGUUUUCAUAUGGGCUGCAGACCCAGGCUGGUGGGCCCAAGCGCACACCGCUCACCAAGAGGGUCGCCGCUCCCCAGGAUGGAUCUCCCAGAGAGACUUUUCCUGGCCCCCCGCCACUGGGGCCUCCACCUCCUUCAAGUAAGGUUCCCAGGCCCCCACCUGUGGGGAGUUGUCCUGCCUCUGGUAUGGAGCCCACAAGUUUCCCAGUUGAGUCUGAGGCUCUGAUGGAGGAUGUGCUGAGACCUUUGGAACAGGCAUUGGAGGAUUGCCGUGGCCACACAAGGAAGCAGGUAUGUAAUGACAUCAACCGACGCCUGGCACUGCUGCAGCAACAGUGGGCUGGAGGGAAGUUGUCAAUGCCUGUAAAGAAGAGGAUGGCUCUACUGGUGCAAGAACUUUCAGGCCACCAAUGGGAUGCAGCAGACGACAUCCACCGCUCACUCAUGGUUGACCAUGUGACUGAGGUCAGCCAGUGGAUGGUAGGAGUUAAAAGAUUAAUUGCUGAAAAGAGGACUCUGUCUUCAGAGGCGGCCAGCGAAGAGAAAUCUGCAGCCACAACUGAGGAGAACCAGACCAUACCAGGCUUCCAGCAGGCUCCAUAAUACUGUGGGUUCCUCAGACUCAACCUGACACCAUCUCCUACACUUUGGUGUGGGAGGCCUUCUGACAUUGGGCUCCCUCUUAACCACCAGGGAGGUUGUCUGUCCCAUUUGGCCUGAUUUACCUCUGUGGAAAAGGUCAGCUUGGCCCACAGGGAAGACUUGUUAACCAUAACACACACAGUUCAAUAAAAACAUCUCAGUGGUGGGCUUUGGGUAGGUAGGAGAUAUGAACCCUUCCUUUGCCAAACUAGUUAGCCCUCUUUGGUGUCCCCGACUUCUCUGCUCUCUACACAGCCUACAAACCUCUGUUUUCUCCUCCAUUUAUCAUGAAGGGCCUUGUUGGGCAAGACCAGAUAGCUGCUUACCACUUUCCCUAAUAUUAGACUGAAAAGCACAUCCCUCACUGGGCCGAACAGCCCUGUCUUUGGAUGACUUUAUUCCAGCAUAAAAUCAAGGAGACUCUUUUUUCAAAAAAAAAAAAAAAAAAAAAAGACUGUCCUGUUUGCAGUGUAUCAUCCUUGAGGUAAAUAGGUGCCAUGGGGAUUAGAACCACAUUGAGUGGGGGUUUUGCCAUGUAAAUUGAAGGAUAAAAAGACCAGAAUACCAAGAUUUGGAAUCGUAUCUCUUUAUCUGACUCACCAAAUAAGAACCUGCCUCAUUUUGGACCUCAGUGUGGGCCCUAACUUCUCUUCUAACCCUUUGGAAACUGUUAACAGAGCUGGGGAAAGGGGGCAGAGAGGGCCUUGAUGGAUAUCAUCUUGUGAGAAAGGUUACAGUGUUUUCAGUGUUGGAAUAGGGGAACUGGUGGGAGGCAGAAAAGGCUUGGGGAUGACUAUAGGUGGGGGGCAGCACCUCUUUUCCAAAAGGAAGUGCUGCUGGGGAGGCUCAGUUCCAGGAAGGCUCCUUCCUGGAAAGACAGGAAUAGCCUUUGGAAAAGGCCAGACUAU